UUUUGUAGAACGGUUAGGUUGGCUGAGUUGGUACUGGUACUGUAGAGUGUAAGCUAAAGACGAUCUGUUGUUAUAAUUUAAUUUAUUUGACCUCAAUUAAAUGAAGUCUUAAAAGAUGUUAGACUCUACUGAAAUAAGUAUUAUUAAAACAUUCAUUAAUAAAGAUUUGCUUUAAAACUAUAUUAAUUUUACCUUGUCAAUAUUGACAAGCAGAUCAAGAUGUCUAAGAGAAUUGCGGAAGAGAGUGGAAAUGGCAGCAGUCAACCGCCGAUUAAGAAGGUUCAUUUCGAGCCACACCUUAUUGGCCCUGUAUCUACUCUUGAAGAAAUGGACAUUAAAGUCCUUCAAUUCCAGAACAAAAAGUUAGCACAGAGGAUUGAACAAAGACACAGGUGUGAAGCUGAACUGAGAGCAAGGAUUGAGCAGUUAGAAAAACGUCAGACACAAGAUGAUGCUGUGCUAUGUGUCGUCAACCGUUAUUGGAAUUUACUGAAUGAGGAUAUUAGAGUAUUAUUGCAGAGAUUUGAUGCAGAGACUGCUGAUGAAUCCGAAAAUAAAAAUGAGAAUGAAGCUACCACUUCAUUUCUUAUGCAAUUGUCCACUUGGGAUAAAGAGGAGUUGGACGCACAAUUGGCCAAUAGAGUGCAAGUAAGCAAACGUGCGGUUGCAAAGGUUUUGCAAGCUUUUGAUAGACUACAGCAGAGAAAUGAUAAAAUAUGGAGAGCUAUCAAAGGGGAAAGCGAGGAGAGUGCACCAGCCCCAUCCCUGGAUGAAGUUAUCCGAGCGACAAAUGAGGAAGUUACAGUGGAGAAUCGUCGUUUACAAGCAUUAUGCACAACUCUGCAUGAAAGCCAUCAUGCUAUGACUCUACGAGUGGCACAGUUACAGGAUGCAGUGAAUAGUAGGGAUACAGAGAAUGCUGAGCUCAAGAACCAAAUCGAUGAUCUUCAGUAUGAGCUUAUGAAGGUACGUUCGCGCAAUGACAAGUUAGAAAAUCAUUUAGCUGAGGCUAUAGAGAAGCUGAAGAGCUAUCACCAGUCCGGUACAACUGUGAGUGCUAGUGUGGCCGCGCCCUGCCCUCCACACUCAGCUGCCAGUGCCAAAUUGGAGGAUGUGGCCGCCGAGCUUGAAGAGCAACGUGAGUUGGCCAACAACAGGCUGGCUGAGUUAGACCGUCUGCACAGACAGCAUAGAGACACUCUCAAGGAGUUGGAGAAGCUUAAAAUGGAUAUUCGCCAGUUGCCAGAAUCUGUUAUAGUAGAGACCACAGAAUACAAGUGUCUUCAAAGUCAGUUCUCCGUUCUAUAUAACGAGUCCAUGCAAAUGAAGACCGCGCUAGAUGAGACACGGCUUCAGCUACAGAACGCCAAAAAUCUCCACAUGAGGCAAAUUGAGAUGAUGGAGAGCGAAGAGCUCGCAAGGCAGAAGGCUUUAAGGGCUGAAAUGAUACAGCUAGAAGAUGUGCUCGGUCAGCUGAGGAAAGAGUAUGAGAUGCUGAGAAUAGAGUUUGAACAGAAUCUAGCAGCUAAUGAGCAGACUGGACCAAUUAAUAGAGAAAUGAGGCAUCUCAUUACAUCUCUACAGAAUCAUAACCAACAGCUGAAAGGAGAGGUACAUAGGUAUAAAAGAAAGUAUAAGGACACCAGCCAGGAAUUAAAUAAGAUCCGCAAGGAGCUCGAAGACGCCACCAGCCGUGUAGGAUCAGGACCUCAUCCGCCACCAGAGACCGAUGAGAAGCCUGUGGUGAAGAAAGAAGAACCCGAGCCGGAGGUCGCUCGUGGCGAUGAAGGUGGGAGUGGUGGGGAAAACAAGAUGGUUGCGGCCACAGCUAAUAAAGAGCACGGGAGAGCUAAGCUACACGAACAAGAUUUACUUAUUAAGGACCUUAAACAACAGCUUAAAAAAGCAGUGAACGAGCAAAAGGAAUUGAAGCUGUUACUGGACAUGUAUAAGGGAGUUAGCAAAGAACAACGUGACAAAGUGCAGCUCAUGGCGGCUGAGAGGAAAGCCAGGAUGGAGUUAGAAGACCAUCGACAGAAAGCCAAGAUGGCGCAGGAAAGCAAACGCGAGAGGCGUGUGGCGGACGAGGACGCGCUUCGUAAGAUCAAACAGUUGGAGGAACAGAAGUACGAGCUCCAGAAACAGUUAUCGUGCGCCAGACCCAACAACGACCCGCUCAUGGCCUUCCCUAGGCCUUUCGCUGGAUCGCAGGAGGAAGAAGCUUUACUGAACGAGAUGGAGGUAACGGGGCAAGCAUUUGAAGACAUGCAGGAACAGAAUUCCCGGCUCAUACAGCAGUUACGGGAGAAAGAUGACGCUAAUUUCAAACUUAUGUCGGAAAGAAUAAAGGCCAAUUCACUGCAUAAGUUGCUGCGCGAAGAAAAACAGCUUUUACAAGAACAGGUGGUGACAAGGGACCAGCAAAUAGAGUCGAUGGGGCUGGUGGCACGGCGGCUUGAGGAAAAAGAACGUCUGUUGCAGAACACUCUGUCAGCGGUGGAGAAGGAGCUGUUAUUACGACAGCAGGCUAUGGAAAUGCAUAAAAGAAAGGCCAUAGAGUCCGCACAGUCAGCAGCUGAUCUUAAACUGCAUCUUGAAAAAUACCACGCACAGAUGAAAGAAGCACAGCAGGUGGUCGCAGAGAAAACCAGCGCGCUCGAGGCGGAGGCUUACAAAACAAAAAGAUUACAUGAGGAGCUGGCGGUGUUACGUCGCAAGGCCGAGCGCAUGAAGAAGAUGGAACAAGCGGGUAGUUCCAUGGACGAGGUUUUAUUAGAAGAAAUAAGAGAGUACAAGGAAACUCUCACCUGUCCUUCAUGCAAGGUGAAACGAAAGGAUGCUGUGUUGUCCAAGUGCUUUCACGUCUUCUGCUGGGAUUGUCUCCGCACUCGCUAUGAGACACGUCAACGGAAAUGUCCAAAAUGCAACGCAGCCUUCGGGGCCAACGACUACCACCGGCUUUAUCUUUCCACUUAAGAUAAACUUCAUAAAGUUCCUCGGCUGUAAGGAACUACUGCGUUUGAAUUCUAGAGAAAGCUUGAUGUAAAUAUCGCUUAGAUGCAAAUAUAUAAAUGGCCGUCUCGAUCUUGUGUAAGGUGCCAGACGAACAUUAGUCUUGUACCUUAACCAGACAGGUUCCAUCGUCGUCGCCGGUACAAUAUUUAAACUUGCACUAUCUCUAUUUUGGUAAAUUAUUUAUUCUAUGUCUCUGUCACAAUGAUUAUAUAUUUUCUAAUAAGUUUAGUAAAAAAAAAACUAUGAUUAACUGUAAUGAUACGCUACCGUUUAAGUAGAAAAAUAUAUAACUAUCACUAAUUAUCAUGUUUAGUGUUCGAUUAUAAAUAUUUUAUUAGGAUGAAGAUUGUUUCGUGUAUGUCGAACUUCGAUCUUGUAUAGCUGCGGUUGACUCGAGCAUAAUAUUUUUUUGUUCUGUAUAGUAAAUUGAUUUUCAGGAAAUCACGUAGUCUCCAAUUUGAUCUCGUUGACUAAAUUUGGGAAUGGAUCGCGAAACAGUAUUGAAUGUCGGAUUUGGGGGAAGGGGGUUGUGAUUUGGAUUGUAGGCUGCGGUGUUAUCAUUUGAAUGUGACUAGAGGCCUGAUAUUUACACUAAACUGACUGAUAAUGUAACUAUCUCUAUAGUCACUCAUUCAAACGAUAUCUUCAUGUGAGAUAAAAAAAGUUCAAAGUAUUAAUGCUUCUCAUUUGUUUUCUUAUAAUUUAAGUAAAAAUGUGACUUCACUGUAAUAAUUUAAUAAAUAUGACAUUAUCAAUGGGACGCUUCAAGUUCAUUCCUUAUUAUAUAAUUCAACUUUCCAUGUAUUGUGAUGUACUAACUCAAUAUAAUGUCAUUUGCAUUUUGUGAACUAUUUCGCAUCUUGAGAUAUCUGAUGGUUAGCGCGUGUUGAAGUCGAACAAGUUAGUUACUCUAGUGUGUAAACAGUUUUAAGUUUGUAUAUGAUCUAUACAUGUUUCAGUUAACGGAAGGUUAGCAAUGCAGUGUUUAGUUGUACAUAGUGAAAUGUAGAAAAUGACGACCCACUGACUGACGUAUUUAUAUUUAUCACACUCAUUGGGUUAUAUGACUAUAGCACUGCAUUCCCGUGUCUUCGUAUCUUUUUAUACUUUUACAUGAUGCCAGUAAGUUGCGUAUAACAUAUGUAAAACUCUCAUUAAUAAUAAAUUUUGACUAUUGUGAAAAAAUUAUAUAAAUGUAGAGCACAUUACCUUAACUCGAUGUACGAAUCUUGUUGUAGUACGCUUUACCUCAGCCUUGGGAGAUGUGUGAUGUUACUAAGGGUACAAUAAUUUCGAAAUACGAUUAAAAUUUUGAAUAUGAAUGUGCUCAUCGGUCGCUUACACUUCUGAAACUAUGACAUGUGGAAUUUUAAAUAUCCGUUUCAUAAUGUAUGUACAUAAAAUCAUUGAUGUUAAUAUAAGAACAAUGCUUAAUAAUUUAUUUAAUGUUAUCCGAUGAGAAUUGAACAGCUAGUGGUCGAUAUAAUAAAUUUUCAUGAACACUUACUUAUGAUAUAAAAAAAAGUGCAAAUAGGAAUAAUUUUGUUACAUUAUUAAAUGUAUUAGAUUAAUUGUUACAGCCAAUAGUGUAUCGUUUCCAAUAUGGUUGUAUUUCCUAGCCGUAUUCAUUAUGUCCUUUGUUUGAAUAUCGGUUUCAUAUUGCUGUUAAAAAAAUAUUUGUUUAAACUAUUUCAGCUAUAUGGUAGGUAAGUUGUCAAUAGGAUAUGUCUGGACUGAAAAAAAGGUCAUACUAUUCUAGAAUUAACUACCUUCGCUCUAUCACCGAAAGCUAUGUGUAACCCGAUACAAACUGUUUAUCCAACUUACCACAUUGUUUAGGGUAUUUAAUAUAAAAUUUCAAGUAAUGAAGUUAGUUACAUUAAAUUAAAACAGUAACAUUAAAAAUUUGCCCCAACUCUUAAAGUGUACGAAGUAGCUAUAUUAAGGCUGAGGCAUGAUGUAACCAGACUGUUUAUCUAAAUAAAUUAAAUGUUAAUUCAAAUUGGAGUAUGAAAUAAAUUUUUCCAAACUA